ACCGAAUGAGCGUUAGCGAGUGAGGUAUAUGUCGCUAGUUUACAUAAUUAUAAUUACGAUGAAAAUUAACUCAUCAAUUUAUUUUAUUCUUUUUCGAAAAUGUUCAAGUAUAGCAAAGUGUAUAGAAAAAGGAGGAAAAAGCAAUUAUUGACAAUUAAGUUAGAAACUAUAAUUAUCACUAUCAGGAAGGAAAAUAUGUACAAGGAGAAUAUGUGGUUACAAAGAGAAUUAAAAAAUAGAUAAAAAUAAAAAUACCGUGUUUAAUACUAUAAUGAAUAUAUUCUAGUUUAACAGUACUUAUACUUUUUAAAGACAAAAUGAAACUUUUAUCAAACGUUACGAUAUUUGUUUUGGUUGCAUUUUUAAAUGUUUUUGUCAAAAGUUAUAAGAUUUUGGGAGUAUUUCCAUUAACUCUAAAGAGUCAUAACAUUUUUUGCCAGUCGGUGAUGAAAGUUUUGGCAAAACGUGGUCAUCAGGUGGACGUUAUUGCGUCGCGAGCACUGGAAAAUACGCCACCAAAUUAUAAGGUUCUUUAUGAUACUCGGAAAAUUGCACCAAAUAAUACAGCUGACGUAACAAUUGAUACGGUGUUUACUAAAUACAGUAGUGAUCCUAUUAAAUAUAUAGCAGACCAAUUUGGAAAUGCCGUUUGCGAAAUACUUGCCAACGAGGAAAUUCGGACAAUCAUCAAAGAACUCAAAACGAAAACAAAGUACGAUUUUAUGGUCACUGAGGCAUUCGCAACGAAUUGUUUCAUGGGAUUGGGACAUUACCUGAACAUUCCAGUGAUAAUUCUAUCGGCACAAACUUUAUAUCCCUGGGUGGAAGAUGCAAUUGGAAAUCCAUCGUCGGCUGCAAUUUAUCCAGUGAUACUUUCUUCGUUAGUAGAAAUUAAUUCAUUUUGGGACCGUCUGCAGAAUGUCGUGGAGGAACUUGUAUUAAAAUACAAAUUUUAUCACUACACGGAGAAAAUACAAACGAAUAUUAUAAGAAAAUAUAUAAGCGCCGAUUUACCAACAGUUAGUGAAUUAUCAAAGAGUCCGAUUUUAACUUUAAGUAACACUUACUUCAGUUUUAAUGGAAUAAGACCAUUCACUUCAAGUUUAAUUGAAGUCGGUGGAUUGCACAUUUUACAAGAUGACAACGUACUUACGCCUGAAUUGCAAAAAUGGAUGGACGAAAGUGAAGAUGGUGUUGUCUACUUUUCGAUGGGAACAAUAAUACUUGUCGAAUCACUGCCGAAAAAAGCAAUUCGUGCUUUUUAUUACAUAAUUCGAAAAUUGAAAUCAAUCAGAUUUUUAAUACGAGCUAAAAAUGUGAAUAUUUUUCCUAAAAUUCUAAAUAAUGUCAAGACUCUGCCAUGGAUACCACAAAUUCCAGUCUUAAGACACAAAAAUACCAGAGUUUUCAUAUCACACUGUGGACUUUUGAGUUCAAUGGAAGCUUUAUAUUUCGGCGUUCCAGUUGUGGGAAUUCCCGUGGCUGUAGAUCAAUUUUCAAAUAUGCACAAAUUGGUUCAAAGAAAUAUGGGCGUAAAAUUGAAUCUGAAUAAUAUUACAAAAAGUAUUCUUCGUCAAGUCUUAACGAGUUUAAUUAAUAAUUCAACGUACAGACAAGCUGCAAAAAAGGCUUCGAAACUUUUCAAAGAUCGGCCAUCACGUCCCGAAGAGACAACAAUUUUCUGGAUCGAAUAUGUCCUGAGAAAUGGAGGAAUUUUAAAAUCUCCUGCAGUGAAUUUGCACUGGGCUCAAAAUAAACUUUUAGAUGUUUAUCUAUUUUCGAUAGUUUUACUUAUUUUGAUUCUAUACGUCAGCGUAAAAAUUAUACGAAUAGUUGUUAAUCUUAAAAAUAAGGAUAAGACCGAGAAAAAAAAGAAAAAAACAAACUGAAUUUUCUUUUAAAAAUUUGGGCUUGUUUCCUAAUUGUUAGGACUUGUUUCAAUUUUCAAAUACAUUUGAUUGAAAUAAAAACUU